AUGGACUUGUCUAUCAAGAAGAGCAAGAAGAGAAGGGCCGGGGAGGGUCGACCUAGAAUUAAGUGGGGUGGCUUGACUCCAGUUAGUGCACUGGAGAUAGGGGAAAAGGUGGCGGGAAUGGGGGUGUGGGAGUGCAGGGGGGAUGUGGAUGUUAUGUGGGAUAGGGCUGCCAGCUGCAUCACGGAGACUGCUAGAGAAGUGUUGGGUGUUUCAAGGGGGCGGGAGUACUUUCAUAGAUUUUUGAACGAGGAGGGGGACAGAGGUAUUGAGUUAUGGGAGCUGGAGCACUCGGAGGAGAACCGUGAUUUCAGUUACUGUAGGCGUUUUAAGGUUAAGAAGGCGUAUGAUAAAGUCUCGAGAGAGGUUCUGUGGAGAUGCUUGGAGGUGAGAGGGAUUCUAGUAGCGUACAUCAGAGCUAUUAAGUAUAUGUACGAUGGAGGGAAGACCCGGGUGAGGACGGCGAGAGGAGACUCUGAGCAUUUUCCGGUCAAGACAGGGUUGCAUCAGGGAUCGACUCUUAUUCCGUUCCUAUUUGCGUUGGUGAUAGACGUGUUGACCCGGGUGCUGAUUGAUGAGACGCGCGCGCGCGCGGGGGUGGGGGUGGGGGUGUGA